UUCACUUGCUUGCCUCUUACAGGAGGUGCUCUUUGCCGGUGGUUUCAUUGCUUGUCCAGUCGCGCUUGUCUGUCACUUGCUGGCGCGGAGAGUGGGACGCUACCGUUUCAUUAAUUAUUAACUUCAGUUCUCCAUUUCUUCAGCGCUACACCAGGAAACAUCCACAGAGUGAGAGCGAGGAGGUUAGUCUGACAGAGGCAGAAACGGAGAGCUCGUGGCGUCCGAGUCAGAAGACGACUCGCAUUUAACGUGGGAAGGAAAUCCGCCGGGCCGUCUGCAUCAGAAAGACAGUUGGCCACAAUGACAGAUUCCCAGUUUGCCACGUUGGAUGAUGAGGUUCUCUUCCCUCAGGUGACGGAUCAAAGCCCGGAGUUUUACUACUGUGAGUCCCAACGUCUCGCUCUUGAAUCCCUGCUCAGUGCAGGUCCAUCUGCCUUCUACACUCGCCUCAAUCUGGAGCGGAUCCAGUCAUUCCUCUCCAGAAAGGAAAUCUCCAAACUUCACAGCCUAGCCCAGGACUUCUCUGUUGCUGAAUCUCCCCAGCUGAAUGGCAGCCAGACUGACCAGCAAGGGGAUCUGUCUGUGUGCUACUGGCCAAGCUCCUCCGAUUUUCCCACUCCCAACCUGGACUUAGGCUGGCCGGAGGGUGGGCUUUGGAGGGGCGUGGCCCAGGCCCGUGUGCUUACCCAUCCACCCACUGACAAGGACCAGCCAAUCAGGGAGUUUCUGCGAAGGCUGAUCCAGGGUGCCUUGAAGCUGGUGGCAAUAGUGAUGGACAAACUGACCGACAGGGAUAUUUUCAGAGACCUGUUAAACACUUCUCGACGUGGCAUUCCUGUCUAUAUCCUUCUCAGCCAGCAGGAGGAAGUAGAAAGCUUUCUGGAAAUGGCCGAGACUGUGAUUGGAGUCCGGCUGAGUGGAAACGAGAACAUGAGAGUGCGCACCGUUUCAGGCUGCACGUUUCUGUCCAGAGAUGGAAGGACGGUGACUGGGAAACUCAAAGAGAAGUUCAUUCUGAUAGAUGACACAGUCAUCACGGGCAGCUGCAGCCUCACUUGGUCUGAUGCCCAUCUUCACCGUCAGCUGGUGACCGUCCUUAACGGUCAAGUGGUGGACGCCUUUGACAAAGAGUUCCGGACGCUGUACGCCUGCUCGCUCCCCAUCCCACAGUCCGAUCGCCCUGCGCAGGUGGAGCACGAGCUCCUGGCUCUACCUCAGACUAGUGACUCUGCAAUCUACUCCAAUUCCUCUGGACUCUCCUUCACAGCUCAUUCUCCACCAAAGUUCGACACCCCCGGCUCGCCAACCCCACCACUGAAUCUGCAUCCUCAACUCGGCACUCCUAGAAUUGGAGUCUUUCCACCUACCACUCCGGCAAAUGAGAUGGCUGCACCAGCUCCACCCUUGUAUGAUGGGCACAGAAAUCUGCCGGAGGAUUUGCCAAUCUACAGGAGAGAAGGUGGCCAGUAUGCCAAGAAUGCCAUCCAUAGAGAUCUGGCACCCCGAGAGCGAAUAAGCAUGCCGUUUGUGGGUGACACAAGACCGCAUUUCCGAAUUGACCAGCCUCCAAAGAUCAAUGCCCAUCCUCCUCUAGUGCUUUCAGUGCCCUGGAACCUUCGACAUAGAGGAACAAGUGGGUCGAGUGCCUUGAGUGAUAUCCUGAAGGGGCUACGACCAAGGGUUCCCAGCACAAAUGCUGCAGCUCUCCGGGGUCCCAAGACCACAGCAGGGGGCAUCGGGGCCAGCCGAGGAGGCAGUCGCUCCCUCUGGGACCUCAGUCGGAUGUCAGAUUCAGAUUCAAGCGAUGAAGGGAAGAGCAAAGGACGGACACUCGCUGUUAACAGACUAGCACAAGGAGCAGAUUCGCUACGUGGUGGACCUAAAGUGACCCCUGCAAUGGCCUUGAUCCAGCACAGAGAAGAGGAGACCCGAGGGGUCACUCCCAACUCUCUUUAUCGGUCCUCUGCUUUUCUUCCACCCCGGCCGAGUGUGCUCUUGCAGACAGAGAAGAUGGACAGGAGCACAGAUGGACUAAAGUCGUGGGCAUCUCCAAACUCAAAACCACCCCCAUACUGAAAGGAACAGCACAAAGAGUCAAUGAAUAAAUGACGCUGGACAUUGAUGUGUAUCAUUCACAUCACACUUGUGCACCAGGAUCCAACAUCUGGACUAUUCCUUUGCAGGAAUGGUGGGAGAAAUAGAGCUGUGUAAAUGUAACCUCUAGGGACAUGGAAAACUGUGAAACCUGAAGCUGGAACCCUCAAAUCUGAAAACAAUGACAAAGAUGACCUCAAUUUUAAAUGAAGGUAAAGCUGUACAGUUGUCUCCGGGAAUCAGCAGCAUGAAGCGGAAGGUGGCGGAACUGCAGCCCAAAAGACUAAUAAGCCACAAGUGAAAUUUUACGUGUUUGUUUUGUAACAUUCACUUACUGUAUUUCUGAAGGUAAUGCUUUCUUUGCCAAACAAUUUUGGUGCUUUCUGUUGUUGUUUUUUUUUUCCACUCAUUUGUUAUUAAAAUAAACACGAAUCAUUUGCUGCA